UGGUCGCAGGAAGUCUUGCCUCUGGAAGGCGUCUGACUUCCUGGUUCCCGAUCGGCUGGGGCGGUUUGCCAGACAUUGGAAUAAGGCGAAGAGCCGGGGGCACCAGGAUCGGAUGCCUUUUCUGAUGUCUUUAUUUUAAAAAAAGGGAAACAUACCAGAGGGAGGUUUGCUCCAGUUUGUUUGGUUUAUCGGGGGGGUCCAUUCGUGCACCUCGGGGACAGAGGAGGCGUGACUCGCUCUUCGAACCUGGGGGGGUGAGAGAGUCAGUUAAUGUGUGGCUGACUUAUCAGACGCAGAGUGAUCGGGGCUUAAAUAUCAGUCUGACAAAUACAAUUAUAUGCAUUCAUAUACCCGGAGAAAAUACUCUGAAGACAUCCGCUGAAGGGACAAGUGGCUCUCGACUGGGGAAAAUGCAGGCCCAUGGAGCGGCCGUGGUAGGAUGAGGAUCCCGACUUCGCGCUGCAGGGAUAUCGAGAGGCAGGCCGGCUUUCUCCAGCCCGAGCAGUGCGCCCCACCCCCUCUGCACGGCCCCCCCGCCGCCAUGUGGUUCAUCAGGGAUGGCUGUGGCAUCGUCUGUAGCAUUAUCACCUGGCUGCUGGUUUUCUAUGCCGAGUUCGUGGUGAUUUUUGUCAUGCUGCUGCCCUCAAAGAGCCUGGCCUACAGCCUGAUCAACGGGAGCCUCUUCAACAGCCUGGCCUUCCUCGCUCUGGCCUCCCAUUUUAGGGCCAUGUGCACUGACCCGGGCGCCGUGCCGAAGGGGAAUGCCACAAAGGAGUUCAUCGAGAGCCUGCAGCUGAAACCCGGCCAGGUGGUCUACAAGUGUCCCAAGUGCUGUAGCAUCAAGCCAGACAGAGCACACCACUGCAGUGUCUGUAAGCGGUGCAUAAGGAAGAUGGACCACCACUGCCCCUGGGUCAACAACUGCGUGGGCGAGAACAACCAGAAGUACUUUGUACUUUUCACAAUGUACAUCGCUCUGAUCUCUCUGCACUCACUGGUCAUGGUGGCCUUCCACUUCCUCUACUGCUUCGAGGAGGACUGGACUAAGUGUAGCACCUUUUCGCCUCCAGCAACUGUCAUCCUGCUCAUCCUCUUGUGUUUCGAAGGCCUCCUCUUCCUCAUAUUCACAUCCGUGAUGUUUGGAACCCAAGUGCAUUCCAUCUGUACCGACGAAACCGGCAUAGAGCAGUUGAAAAAGGAAGAGAGAAGAUGGACUAAAAAGACUAAGUGGAUGAACAUGAAGGUGGUGUUUGGUCACCCCUUCUCGAUAGGCUGGCUUAGCCCGUUCGCGACACCUGACCACGGGAAGGCCGAUCCGUAUCAGUAUGUGGUCUGAAGGGCAGAGCCGGCUCAGCCAAGCCCGCCCCAGUCACCCGACCGCGUUGCCCCUUGCCCCAGUUCCCCGUACUCAGAUACAGACUCAUGAGGGCGCUGUUGAGGGCGAUGCCGACCUGGAUUAUAACCUACACUCAAACUCUUCUUCUCAUCUUUUUUAAUCUGUGCUUUAUUUUUUUUUUCCUCUGUAAACAAUCGAUGCAGAGUAUUAACCUUUCAAUAUUUUGUUUACUUGUCUGUCUGUGUACUGUGUUAAUUACGGCACUUCCUCUCUCUCACACUGGUGUCGCUCAAACCCUUGAUUGAACGGAUGUCAGAGCACGGGCCCUCUCUGAUUGUGACAGCAGUGUGUAAUUUGAUUGUGAGAAAGCUCAUGAGAGCACGGCGAGGUCUCUGCUCACUGGAAAUGUGAUAUCAGAGCCAGAACUGAGAACCCAAAAUACUUGGCUGGUUGAUUCAAAGCACACACCAUGUUGCCACGGCUUAUAUGCAUGCUCUCUCUGCUUAUUGGUGGGACUGGUCUGGACUUACUAAUGAUUGGGUGUUGUGCUUUCACCAUUUGCCAAUCAGUGUAGCAACUUGCACUCAUUGAUGUAUUUAUUUUUUUUUAGUUCUGGCUGAUUAGAUUGCAGAGCUUCAUGACCUCCCUUCAAUCUGGGUCUUGAAAUUUGGUCCUACCAUGUGACAGGUGGUGAAGUGCAACUAGAACUUUCUUGGUGUGUAUAUGUGAACGUGGAUCCGCUCUAUGCAUAGAGUCCUCGUCAUAUGACCGCCACGAUCUCUUCCUUGGUUCCUGUUCCAGCUCGCCCCUCCCCCACUCAUAGAGCCCAUGAAUGAAUGGGUUGUUGCGUGUGCUUUGGCUCUCCGUGCCGGCGACUUCUGCUAAAGUCUGUGAACACACCGCUGGUCUGACCUGUGCAAGCUACAGUGUGCCAUGAAAACAGUACUCAAUGAUGAACUGAGUUGCAGAAUUACCACAAUGAAUCUUGAACUUUUUUCCAUAGUUGGGGAAAAUACUGAACUCAUAAGAAGAGCUUGAAUUCACGAACUGAACAAGAGUUGCCAAUUUUUUUUGUUUUGCUUUUAUUCAUUAAUUUUCCGAAACGGGAAUUGUGCAGCGAUCAGACGUGGUGAGACACUUUGUGAAUUGUGCCACGUUCGCUGUCAAGCGUACAGCUGACUCAUCAGCACCUCCUGCAGGACUGCCACGGGAUGGCUGCCAGUGCAGAAAUGUUCUGUUGUCCUAGGUGGUUUUAUUUGCUCUCUGUUAUAACAAUGUGUCACUUGCAUUGUGUAUAGACAGUAAUCGGCUUGGCAGGGCACUCGUCACAGGGGGGCACAUACUGCCCCCAAGAAGUUGUGACUGGUGUGAAGGGAACCGUCAUAAUUAAAAUACCUGCCCUGAUUGGCUGGCUUUGUGAAACGAAGAAAACUGGGUGGCCAAAUAUUCGUCGCCUUCAUUUUUUUGGAAACAUGCCAACAUUUGUCCCCUAAUAGAUAUCUUUUUCUCGUACCAUGGAUGCCCACUUACAGCUGGCAAAAGAAACGCUUAGAGGUUGCCUGCCCGCCUACACAGGCUAGGAGUCCAGCUCUCUCAUAAGGGAAUUCCAUUCAGGAACGAGGUUUAAAUACAAUAUACUCAUCCGGAUGUCUUUCCGAGGCAAGCAUAUUGUGCCAUUUGCUGCCUUUCACUUCGAAAGAAAAUGCAAUAAACUUCUUUUUUCA